AUGUUCAGCAGAUCAGUAUCAAGAGUGCUCCUGUCCUCCUACAAGGGCUUUGGAAACAGCAUCACUAGAAACAGUGGCAAAGCUUUGAACUUGGUGGCACCAGCUUACUCAAGUAGCAGCAUCAGGUUCUACGGCAGUGCUCACCCACCACAGAACAACAACAAGCAUCAGAAGCAUGAUGCACAUGCACACGAGCACGAGCACGAGCACAAGGAAGGCGAGCAUCAUGACGAUCAUCACCACGAGGAGGAUGUCCCACCCGAGGCUUGGAUGGUCGAGAAUGCAGACACCAUGGCACUCAGAGAUGAUCACCCAGGUUACCCAUACUCACGUCUGGUCGAUGAGACACUACCCAAGUUCACACUGGAGGAGGUGGCAAAGCACAACAAGAGAGAGGACUGUUGGGUCAUCAUCCACGGAAAAGUGUACAAUGUAACAUCAUAUAUCGAUCGUCAUCCAGGCGGUCUCGUAAUCAUGGCUAACGCUGGAAAGGAUUCAUCCACUCUAUUCGACAGAUCACCAAUGACAAGCAAUGCAUGGGUUAUAAUGAGAGACCUUCACAUUGGAUACUGCGAGCAAGACAGGAGAUACGACGGAUACAACAGAUCCAACAGGAAAGGAUCACAUUACCUUGGUGGUUUCGAAGUUUAA